UUGUGCGAAACAUGUAUGACAUCAUUGAUGAACAAUAAGGUGUCAAACAUUUGGCGCAAAUCAAUGACCGUUAAGUUGGGAAUCAAUUAACAGUUUAGUGAAGUUAACUCUCAAGACAUGAAUUGCUUUAAUUUGGAUCAACUGUUGGCUCAUUUCGACCAAAAGAUAUCACUUAUCAAUGAGUUGUUCCCAUUGAGUCAAUUGUACGACAAUGAGAGUAAUGGUAACGACAACAACAAUGAAUGGCAAAGAAAUGUGAUUAACACUCACAACAGUUCAUACGAUUAUUAUCAACAAAUGGCUUACAAGAAACCAGAUCUCAAAGAAAUGUCACAAAUGGUGAUUGAAAUGAAGGCUAUGACUCAAGAAAUUAAAUCACUUCUUAGACAAGAAAAACAAAAAAUGCUUUAUUUUAAUAACAAAUAUCACAACGAUUUGGAUAUAAUUGGCAGACAUUGUGUUCAUAUCAAUGACAAUAUACCGACAUUUCUGCAAAAGAAUGAACAAAAUAAAGGCAAAAUCAACGAAAACCAAUCAACAAAACGACAGCCCAUUAAAAGUAACAAUCAGUCAAACAACCGGUCAGUUGUCUCUAAAGUGAUGCCAAAAGCCAACAAUAAAGUGAUGACAAAGAGUAUGACAAAUAUUAAGACUACACAAGAAUCAAGAAUUGGUGGCAAAAGUAUCACAAAGAAAACGGUCAUUAAAGAGACCAAAUGCUUACAAACGCCGAAUAUUUCUUUUAUUACAACUGAAGAAUUUGAAUCUAUUCCACAAUAUAUAUUGGGACGUCUUUCCUAUGAAGUGAUGAACAGAACUGUUGCUGACUUUAACCGAACAAUUGCAGCAAAAUAUAAGAUUAUUGCCAACUAUUCGACCAAAUAUUCAGAUGAAGAUAUGAGAAGAUAUUCUCACUUUAAAGAGCAAGAAAAUAGUGAAACUGAUGGCGAAUUUUUUUGUACAAUCAAUGAUUUGAAAGACUUCAGUGAUCUUAAAGUAGAAUUAACUAUUCGUAAGACACUUACAUGUCUUCGACACUGCAAACGAAUUAAAGAGAUUCGCGGAAAUCCAUCCAAACUUAUUAGAUAUGCCAUCGUUAAGGAUAGUUGUUCUCUCGAUUUUAACGAUUAUCAGUAAUAUUUAAUAAUAAUACUGUAUUUUACAUAUUUUUUA